UUGCUUUUCAAGCUUUGAUAUCCAUAGACAAAACAGUAAUGAGAACGUGUCAUAUCGAAUUUCACUAUCAGAUCAGCUAAUCGAUGUUGUUUCAACAUGGGCUUCUUUCAGCUUCUACCCCCGCUAGCUUAGACCUCAUAUCAUGCAUGCAUGCAUCUUGGUGUCGCAAUUCAUUACAUACAACUGUUCAACAAGGUAACUGUACAUAAAAGGCGUGGUUCUCGGCGGUGUAGUUACGGCCCGCGUCUCUCCGGGUCUGCCGCAUCCGCAUCGCCAGAAGCCGGAGGACGAUGCCCGUAACCCGGCGAUGUUGACGGCUGCGUAAAGUGCAUAGGUUGAGUGUUCAGGGUAGGCUGCUUGUCCGUGCUUUGACGAUGAAGUUAGUGAGUGAGUGAGUGAUUUGACAAGUGGACCGACCGAGACGAGACCGAUCAUGUCAUAUCAUGAAUAGAGGAAUAGGCAAUAGUCCACUGACAAGUCGGCAUCUCACGCCAGAUUCAUGGCUAAAGUGUUUCCUCCAGGGGCAUUCACGGGCCUCAUCAUCCCACCAUCUGCGAGUGCAGCCGCGAAAGCCCCGCCAACGCCAGCGUCAUCGCGUUGAGAUUGACCCCCACCUUAACCUUAGCAGUGUUAUUUACUACCUGACGCUCCCCUCCAUAAACUCUCUUCUUCCCUUCUUCUCCUCGACAUCACCCUUUGACCUACAUCCUCAUUCACCCAUACCUCGCAUCGAAAUCAUGUCGCUGUCUAACAAGCUCUCCAUCACUGACGUUGACGUCAAGGGCAAGAGGGUCCUCAUUCGAGUCGACUUCAACGUCCCUCUCGACGCCGACAAGAACAUCACCAACAACCAGCGAAUUGUCGGUGCCCUCCCCACCAUCAAGUACGCCCUCGAGAAUGGCGCCAAGUCCGUCAUCUUGAUGUCCCAUCUCGGCCGCCCCAACGGCUCCCCCAACGAGAAGUACUCCCUCAAGCCCGUUGUUCCCGAGCUUGAGAAGCUUCUCGGCAAGAAGGUUACCUUCGCUCCUGACUGUGUCGGUCCCGAGGUUGAGGAGAUCGUCAACAAGGCUGAGGACGGCGCUGUCAUCCUCCUCGAGAACCUCCGAUUCCACAUUGAGGAGGAGGGCUCUUCCAAGGAUAAGGAGGGUAACAAGACCAAGGCCGACAAGGCUCAGGUUGAGGCUUUCCGAAAGGGUCUGACCGCCCUUGGUGAUGUCUACAUCAACGACGCUUUCGGCACUGCUCACCGUGCUCACUCCUCCAUGGUCGGUGUCGACCUACCCCAGAAGGCCUCUGGUUUCCUCGUCAAGAAGGAGCUCGAGUACUUCGCCAAGGCUCUCGAGGAGCCUCAGCGCCCCUUCCUCGCCAUCCUCGGUGGUGCCAAGGUCUCCGACAAGAUCCAGCUCAUCGACAACCUCCUUGACAAGGUCAACACCCUGAUCAUCUGCGGUGGUAUGGCUUUCACCUUCAAGAAGACUCUCGAGGGUGUCUCCAUCGGUAACUCCCUCUUCGACGAGGCUGGCUCCAAGACCGUCGGCAACCUCGUUGAGAAGGCCAAGGCCAAGGGCGUCAAGCUCGUCCUCCCCGUUGACUACAUCACCGCCGAUAAGUUCGACAAGGACGCCAACACUGGCUACGCCACUGACAAGGACGGUAUCCCCGACGGCUGGCAGGGUCUUGACUGCGGCGAGGAGUCCGUCAAGCUCUACAAGGAGGCCAUCGCCGAGGCCAAGACCAUCCUCUGGAACGGCCCCGCCGGUGUCUUCGAGUUCGAGAAGUUCGCCAGCGGCACCAAGGCCACCCUCGACGCCGUCGUCGACGCUGUCCAGAAGGACGGCAAGAUCGUCAUCAUCGGAGGUGGUGACACCGCCACCGUCGCCAAGAAGUACGGCGUCGAGGACAAGCUUAGCCACGUCUCCACCGGUGGUGGUGCCAGCUUGGAGCUCCUCGAGGGCAAGGAGCUGCCCGGUGUUACCGCUCUGUCGAGUAAGUAAAUAAUAUCCACACCUGUUGGAGUACGAUGUCUAUGAGAACCUGUUGAUGACGGGCUAUGAAAAUGGAAAAAGGUCGGGCGGGAAGGGCUAGUCUGUAGCAAAGACUGAACAGAUCAAAUAAUUAAAUACCAAAUACCAAUAGAGGCGCGAAAGCGCUAUAAAAACAUUACCUACGACUGAAGCAGUUCCGAUUGGUGUACUUGUGAGAAGGCUUU